AUGCUAUCAGAAGUUCCAGAGGACAUCUACUUCUCCAUAUUGGAGUUCUGCGACUCCUUAGACCAUGCUCGCCUUAUGGUCUGCAAUAGGAGCAUGCUGGCCAUCACUGCUAACUGUUCCUAUAGGCAGUUUAUCGAACUUUUCGACCCUCCCAAGGACUCCCCUGUAGUACCCCAUAGCUUGGGCGAUCUACUAACGCUGGUGAACCUGGCUCGACAUAGUACUGACAGUCUACGAGCAGCCCGGGAUGCCUGCAACCUCGCAGCAUCACAUGGCCUCACCAAAUUCAUUGGCACAAUUAUUGGUAAUCGCAAGUGGGCCUAUGAGGUUCUAUCAGCUGGGGCGCUAACCUUCGCAGUGCGAGGUGGCCAUCAUGAUACGCUCAAGUUCGUACUGAAUGCGGUGAACCCCUCCGAGGGUCAAGCCUUCGACCCUCCCUCCACCUCUGGCUGA